GGUAUUAUCAGAAUUUUAUCGCAGAUCAAACCACGCUCAGUUCUGAUGUACAAGCGAGCAACUUUACAGUGCGUCUCGUGUGAAUAGCGUAGCGAAGAGGAGGAGAUGCAGUGGUACGUCGUCGCCUCACUACUCACCCUUCUCACAAGCUCUCAGGGAAUAUUGACGACGUUGUCACAGAGUAAUGGGGGAUACAAAUAUGAUUAUGCCACUGUUCCGUUUCUUGCUGAAGUUUUUAAGCUCAUUGUAUCUUGUGUGUUACUGUGGAGAGAGUGCCAGAGGUCACCGCCUCCUAAAAUGACAACCGAGUGGCGAAGUGUUCGGCUAUUUCCAAUCCCGUCAGUCAUAUACCUUAUUCACAACAAUGUGCAGUUUGCCACGUUGACAUAUGUUGAUACAUCCACGUAUCAGAUAAUGGGCAACUUAAAGAUUGUGACAACUGGAAUACUCUUCAGGCUAUUUUUGAAGAGGAAGCUUUCUAAUUUGCAGUGGAUGGCAAUUGUUCUGUUGGCUAUUGGAACAACCACAAGCCAGGUGAAGGGUUGUGGAGAAGCUUCUUGUGAAUCACUGUUUUCAUCACCAAUUCAAGGAUACAUGUUAGGGAUAUUAUCUGCAUGUCUCUCUGCAUUGGCUGGCGUUUACACAGAGUUCUUGAUGAAAAAGAACAGUGACAGUUUAUAUUGGCAGAACAUUCAACUAUAUACAUUUGGUGCAAUAUUCAACAUGGCAAAACUUGUCUUGGAUGAUUUUAGAAGUGGGUUUGAGAAAGGUCCAUGGUGGCAACGUCUUCUCAAUGGAUACACUAUUACAACUUGGAUGGUAGUGUUAAAUCUGGGGUCCACUGGGCUGUUAGUAUCAUGGUUAAUGAAGUAUGCAGACAACAUUGUUAAGGUCUAUUCCACAUCUAUGGCAAUGUUAUUGACAAUGGUAUUGUCUGUGUUCCUUUUCAACUUCAAACCAACUCUACAGCUCUUUCUGGGAAUUUUUGUGUGCAUGAUGUCACUGCACAUGUAUUUUGCCCCUCCGAGCAUGCUUGUGGAUUUGCCCGUGACAGCAAAAGCAGAACCUCAAAGUCUAGUCCAAGUUUCUGUUGAUCGAAGGACGGCUUCAUAGUCCACCUAUACAAGAGGAUAAAUUCUUUUCAUUUGUCUCAAGUUAUUCUAGAAUAUCAUAUGGGGAGCCUUUUCCAAUCAUUAAAACGUGUAAGAUGUACAAGCAUGUUUCUAGAGACGGAACACUAAAACACAAGGCCAACGAUAUUGUUAGAGGAGUAGAGGUUAGAUAGUUGUAUGAACAUCUGAUCCAAGUGAAAAAUCUCUGUCCUAAUUCCGCUGUCUUAGUAGAUUUAUUGAA